GUCAGCUGGAGUUGUUGCCGGCGAAAGCGCGAAAGCAUGCACUGGCUGAAGGGGUAGACUCUUGUUGGGGUAGACGCUAACUUGCUUAUAUCUGUGAAUUUGUUUAACGUCGCAAGCCAAACAUGUCGGGCCCUGACAAUAAGGUCCUAGCAAAGCUGCAAAAAGAAGAGGCGAAAUUGACCGCCGAGCUUGAGGCCCUGAAAUCUGUGGUCGCCGAGCAAACAAGCAAGGAAGUAUUGGAGGAACUGAAGAAGAAGCACAUCGAUGCCCUACACGAGUACAACGACGUCAAGGACGCUGCUCAAGCCGUCCUGGGCGUGCUGGCCAACCAUGAACAGGUCACCGUGAGGGAGAUGCACGAGAAUUAUGAUCUGCCCACCAAGAAGGACGAAUGAAUUUAUCCAAUUUAUCAAUGCACUUUGUGAGUACCAUUUACAUUACAAUAUAUGCGACGAGACUGCAAACGACAGAGAGCUGAUUGACCAAUAAAAUAACAUUCAUAUAUGCUGAAUAAUUUUAAAAUAAUAUUUAAAGUGAAAGUGAUUUUUCCCCCCGAUUUUUCACUUAUAUUAAAAAUUUAUUAAUAUGUUGUGUAGUAAUAAAUGGCCAGUUUGAAAAUGCACACAAGUAUAUUAAAAAUACGAUUAAAAAUAAAAUUAUUUUGCAAAAAUAUU